AUGCAUGCCCCCAAAGCCUUAAAGAGAUUGAGUCUUGAGCUGGGCUUCGAUUCGGUGUGGCGUUCGAGUUUAGACCUCAAACUCUUGAUCCUGAUCCGGAUGGUUCGCAUGUUCGCUUACGGAGGCACGACUAUCAUCCUCGUUUUGUUUCUGUCGGCGUUGGGGAUUCCGGAUACGAGGAUCGGGCUGUUCAUGACGAUGACGCUGGUUGGCGAUAUUGGCGUUAGCACGGUCUUGACGGUGGUGGGGGAUGGAAUGGGGGUGAGGACGACGAUGGCUAUGGGGUCGCUGUUGAUGAUGGGGAGCGGUGUUGCGUUUGCGUUUCUGGAUGGGUAUUGGUGGCUCUUGCUGGCGAGUAUUGUCGGGGUCGAUCCGUUCAAAGCCAUCGAAGAAUCGGCGAUUGCUCGCCUAAGCACAUCAUCGAACUGCAAUGAUUUCUUUGCCUGGUGGACACUUCUCGGUAUGGUGGGAAUGGCAGCCAGCACGCUCCUCACAGGCUUCACCGUCGACUUACUGCAAAUAAAAUAUGGGCUCAGGCCCUUGGAAGUCUACCGACUGGUGUUCCUCGCAUACGCCAUGGUUGGUUUCGUCAAGCUCAUCUGCUCCCUCUGCAUCAGCACCCAAGUCGAGAUGGAGGCCCGAUCACCCUUAAGCUCGAUCGUCGAAGUCAACGCCGAUGACGACCAGACACCUCUGCUCUCAGGAGAGGAAUACAUAAGCUACGACGCCUUCUCCGAGCGCAGUAUUCCCGUCGACGGAGAGCCAGCCCCGAUGUUCACGCCGGAGUCGCGCUCCUUUAUUUGGAAAAUCAGCCUCGCAAUCACGCCGGAUUAUAUCGGUUCUGGGUUAGCACAGAUCGCGUGGAUGACCUACUUCUUCAAGCGGGAAUACGCCAUCGAUGAGGGCUCGCUGGGCCUGGCAAUCUUCAUCGCUAGCAUCGUAGCCUCUUUCCUCAAUCUCCUCUCCUCGCCCAUGGCUCGCGCACUGGGCCAGGUCCCGACCAUGGUGAUCUGCCACACCAUCACCUCCAUCUCCUUGCUGAUGAUUUCGGCGCCGAAUAAUAAGACGUUGGCCCUGGGACUCUUUAUGGUGAGGAUUGUACUGCGGGAGAUUGACGCUGCGCCCAGGCAGGCUUUCAUUGCCGGCGGCGUGCUGGAUGAGGAGAGGACGCGUGCGGUGGGGUGCAUCAAUGUGGUGAAGACAGUUGGUGUUUGCGCAGGCUUGUUCUUGACCGGGGAGUUUGCGGGCGUGGGCUUGUUCUGGGUGGCGUUCAUGGUGGCUGGAGGCUUGAAACUAUUGCAUAAUGUGUUGAUUGUAGGGUUCUUUUGGAACCAUAGGGGGAGGUACGAGCCCUAG